AUGUUGAAGCCGCGCGAAGCCGCCCCCGAGAUGUCCUUUCCCACCAUCGACGGCGAAACCUGGACGCUGUCCGAGCGCAAGCCCCAGAGCCUGUCCAUGGUCGUGGCCUACCGCGGCCUGCACUGCCCGGUCUGCCGCGGCUACCUGAAGGAGUUGAACGACCGGGUCGGCGAGUUUGCCGAGCGCGGGGUCGAGGUGGUGGCCGUCAGCAGCGACGGCGAGGAGCGGGCCCGCGCUGCCAAGACCGAUUGGGAGUUGCCCGAUCUCACCCUCGGCUAUGACCUCGGCAUCGAAGACGCACGGAAGAUGGGGCUCUACAUCUCCACCAGCCGCGGCAAGACCUCCAUCGGCAUCGAGGAGCCGGCGAUGUUCAACGAGCCGGGCCUUUAUCUGGUCAAGCCGGACGGUACACUCUACUCGGCCUUCAUCCAGACCACGCCCUUCGCCCGCCCGAAGCUGGAAGAAGUGCUGAAAGCGGUCGACUUCAUCAACGCCAACGACUAUCCGGCCCGCGGCGAAGCCUGA